AUGAGGGUGCACGGGAAUCGAUUCACAGUAUUCUUAAAAGGGAAUCCAAUAUGGCUACGAUCCACACGUGGCAGCGAUAUGCCAUCGAGUGCACUGUGUGUCAAGGAUCCGUCUAAAGAGGCGCUGAAGGAGUGGGGUGCUGGAAGGAGUGGGGUGCUGGAAGGAGUGGGGUGCUGGAAGGAGUGGGGUGCUGGAAGGAGUGGGGUGCUGGAAGGAGUGGGGUGCUGGAAGGAGUGGGGUGCUGGAAGGAGUGGGGUGCUGGAAGGAGUGGGGUGCUGGAAGGAGUGGGGUGCUGGAAGGAGUGGGGUGCUGGAAGGAGUGGGGUGCUGGAAGGAGUGGGGUGCUGGAAGGAGUGGGGUGCUGGAAGGAGUGGGGUGCUGGAAGGAGUGGGGUGCUGGAAGGAGUGGGGUGCUGGAAGGAGUGGGGUGCUGGAAGGAGUGGGGUGCUGAGAGGCAGCGGAAGAGGGGGGGAGGGAAAGUCAAGAAGGUAAGACACGAGGCGGUGGCAGAAGAGGGAUCGCUCGCACAGGCGCAGAGCAGAGGGGUGGUGGCGGUGGGCUUGGAGGUACUGAGAGGCACAGGAGAUGAAGACGAGACUCUGAAAGGUGCAGGAGAUGAAGACGAGACUCUGAAAGGUGCAGGAGAUGAAGACGAGACUCUGAAAGGUGCAGGAGAUGAAGACGAGACUCUGAAAGGUGCAGGAGAUGAAGACGAGACUCUGAAAGGUGCAGGAGAUGAAGACGAGACUCUGAAAGGUGCAGGAGAUGAAGACGAGACUCUGAAAGGUGCAGGAGAUGAAGACGAGACUCUGAAAGGUGCAGGAGAUGAAGACGAGACUCUGAAAGGUGCAGGAGAUGAAGACGAGACUCUGAAAGGUGCAGGAGAUGAAGACGAGACUCUGAAAGGUGCAGGAGAUGAAGACGAGACUCUGAAAGGUGCAGGAGAUGAAGACGAGACUCUGAAAGGUGCAGGAGAUGAAGACGAGACUCUGAAAGGUGCAGGAGAUGAAGACGAGACUCUGAAAGGUGCAGGAGAUGAAGACGAGACUCUGAAAGGUGCAGGAGAUGAAGACGAGACUCUGAAAGGUGCAGGAGAUGAAGACGAGACUCUGAAAGGUGCAGGAGAUGAAGACGAGACUCUGAAAGGUGCAGGAGAUGAAGACGAGACUCUGAAAGGUGCAGGAGAUGAAGACGAGACUCUGAAAGGUGCAGGAGAUGAAGACGAGACUCCGAAAGGUGCAGGCGAUGAAGACGAGACUCUGAAAGGUGCAGGAGAUGAAGACGAGACUCUGAAAGGUGCAGGAGAUGAAGACGAGACUCUGAAAGGUGCAGGAGAUGAAGACGAGACUCUGAAAGGUGCAGGAGAUGAAGACGAGACUCUGAAAGGUGCAGGAGAUGAAGACGAGACUCCGAAAGGUGCAGAAGAUGAAGACGAGACUCUGAAAGGUGCAGGAGAUGAAGACGAGACUCUGAAAGGUGCAGGAGAUGAAGACGAGACUCUGAAAGGUGCAGGAGAUGAAGACGAGACUCUGAAAGGUGCAGGAGAUGAAGACGAGACUCUGAAAGGUGCAGGAGAUGAAGACGAGACUCUGAAAGGUGCAGGAGAUGAAGACGAGACUCUGAAAGGUGCAGGAGAUGAAGACGAGACUCUGAAAGGUGCAGGAGAUGAAGACGAGACUCUGAAAGGUGCAGGAGAUGAAGACGAGACUCUGAAAGGUGCAGGAGAUGAAGACGAGACUCUGAAAGGUGCAGGAGAUGAAGACGAGACUCUGAAAGGUGCAGGAGAUGAAGACGAGACUCUGAAAGGUGCAGGAGAUGAAGACGAGACUCUGAAAGGUGCAGGAGAUGAAGACGAGACUCUGAAAGGUGCAGGAGAUGAAGACGAGACUCUGAAAGGUGCAGGAGAUGAAGACGAGACUCUGAAAGGUGCAGGAGAUGAAGACGAGACUCUGAAAGGUGCAGGAGAUGAAGACGAGACUCUGAAAGGUGCAGGAGAUGAAGACGAGACUCUGAAAGGUGCAGGAGAUGAAGACGAGACUCUGAAAGGUGCAGGAGAUGAAGACGAGACUCUGAAAGGUGCAGGAGAUGAAGACGAGACUCUGAAAGGUGCAGGAGAUGAAGACGAGACUCUGAAAGGUGCAGGAGAUGAAGACGAGACUCUGAAAGGUGCAGGAGAUGAAGACGAGACUCUGAAAGGUGCAGGAGAUGAAGACGAGACUCUGAAAGGUGCAGGAGAUGAAGACGAGACUCUGAAAGGUGCAGGAGAUGAAGACGAGACUCUGAAAGGUGCAGGAGAUGAAGACGAGACUCUGAAAGGUGCAGGAGAUGAAGACGAGACUCUGAAAGGUGCAGGAGAUGAAGACGAGACUCUGAAAGGUGCAGGAGAUGAAGACGAGACUCUGAAAGGUGCAGGAGAUGAAGACGAGACUCUGAAAGGUGCAGGAGAUGAAGACGAGACUCUGAAAGGUGCAGGAGAUGAAGACGAGACUCUGAAAGGUGCAGGAGAUGAAGACGAGACUCUGAAAGGUGCAGGAGAUGAAGACGAGACUCUGAAAGGUGCAGGAGAUGAAGACGAGACUCUGAAAGGUGCAGGAGAUGAAGACGAGACUCUGAAAGGUGCAGGAGAUGAAGACGAGACUCUGAAAGGUGCAGGAGAUGAAGACGAGACUCCGAAAGGUGCAGGCGAUGAAGACGAGACUCUGAAAGGUGCAGGAGAUGAAGACGAGACUCUGAAAGGUGCAGGAGAUGAAGACGAGACUCUGAAAGGUGCAGGAGAUGAAGACGAGACUCUGAAAGGUGCAGGAGAUGAAGACGAGACUCUGAAAGGUGCAGGAGAUGAAGACGAGACUCCGAAAGGUGCAGAAGAUGAAGACGAGACUCUGAAAGGUGCAGGAGAUGAAGACGAGACUCUGAAAGGUGCAGGAGAUGAAGACGAGACUCUGAAAGGUGCAGGAGAUGAAGACGAGACUCUGAAAGGUGCAGGAGAUGAAGACGAGACUCUGAAAGGUGCAGGAGAUGAAGACGAGACUCUGAAAGGUGCAGGAGAUGAAGACGAGACUCUGAAAGGUGCAGGAGAUGAAGACGAGACUCUGAAAGGUGCAGGAGAUGAAGACGAGACUCUGAAAGGUGCAGGAGAUGAAGACGAGACUCUGAAAGGUGCAGGAGAUGAAGACGAGACUCUGAAAGGUGCAGGAGAUGAAGACGAGACUCUGAAAGGUGCAGGAGAUGAAGACGAGACUCUGAAAGGUGCAGGAGAUGAAGACGAGACUCUGAAAGGUGCAGGAGAUGAAGACGAGACUCUGAAAGGUGCAGGAGAUGAAGACGAGACUCUGAAAGGUGCAGGAGAUGAAGACGAGACUCUGAAAGGUGCAGGAGAUGAAGACGAGACUCUGAAAGGUGCAGGAGAUGAAGACGAGACUCUGAAAGGUGCAGGAGAUGAAGACGAGACUCUGAAAGGUGCAGGAGAUGAAGACGAGACUCUGAAAGGUGCAGGAGAUGAAGACGAGACUCUGAAAGGUGCAGGAGAUGAAGACGAGACUCUGAAAGGUGCAGGAGAUGAAGACGAGACUCUGAAAGGUGCAGGAGAUGAAGACGAGACUCUGAAAGGUGCAGGAGAUGAAGACGAGACUCUGAAAGGUGCAGGAGAUGAAGACGAGACUCUGAAAGGUGCAGGAGAUGAAGACGAGACUCUGAAAGGUGCAGGAGAUGAAGACGAGACUCCGAAAGGUGCAGGCGAUGAAGACGAGACUCUGAAAGGUGCAGGAGAUGAAGACGAGACUCUGAAAGGUGCAGGAGAUGAAGACGAGACUCUGAAAGGUGCAGGAGAUGAAGACGAGACUCUGAAAGGUGCAGGCGAUGAAGACGAGACUCCGAAAGGUGCAGGCGAUGAAGACGAGACUCCGAAAGGUGCAGGCGAUGAAGACGAGACUCCGAAAGGUGCAGGCGAUGAAGACGAGACUCUGAAAGGUGCAGGAGAUGAAGACGAGACUCUGAAAGGUGCAGGAGAUGAAGACGAGACUCUGAAAGGUGCAGGAGAUGAAGACGAGACUCUGAAAGGUGCAGGCGAUGAAGACGAGACUCCGAAAGGUGCAGGCGAUGAAGACGAGACUCCGAAAGGUGCAGGCGAUGAAGACGAGACUCCGAAAGGUGCAGGCGAUGAAGACGAGACUCCGAAAGGUGCAGGCGAUGAAGACGAGACUCCGAAAGGUGCAGGCGAUGAAGACGAGACUCUGAAAGGUGCAGGAGAUGAAGACGAGACUCUGAAAGGUGCAGGAGAUGAAGACGAGACUCUGAAAGGUGCAGGAGAUGAAGACGAGACUCUGAAAGGUGCAGGAGAUGAAGACGAGACUCUGAAAGGUGCAGGCGAUAAAGACGAGACUCUGAAAGGUGCAGGAGAUGAAGACGAGACUCUGAAAGGUGCAGGCGAACCUGGGGUAGAGGGGGGAGGGAAAGCAUGGGGGAAGGGGAAGCACAGGGAGAGGCACAGGAGAUGA